AUGGCGUCCUUACUGCAGUCGGAGCGGGUCCUCUACCUCGUCCAGGGAGAAAAGAAGGUCCGGGCCCCUCUCUCGCAGCUUUACUUCUGCCGCUAUUGCAGCGAGCUGCGGUCGCUGGAAUGUGUGUCUCACGAGGUGGACUCUCAUUAUUGCCCCAGUUGCUUAGAAAAUAUGCCAUCAGCUGAAGCUAAACUAAAAAAGAACAGAUGUGCCAACUGCUUUGACUGUCCCGGCUGCAUGCAUACCCUCUCCACCCGGGCCACAAGCAUCUCCACACAGCUUCCAGAUGACCCAGCCAAGACCACCAUGAAGAAAGCCUAUUACCUGGCUUGUGGAUUUUGUCGCUGGACAUCUAGAGAUGUGGGCAUGGCGGACAAAUCUGUGGCUAGUGGUGGUUGGCAGGAACCUGAAAAUCCUCACACUCAACGGAUGAACAAACUGAUUGAAUAUUACCAGCAGCUUGCUCAGAAAGAGAAGGUUGAACGAGAUCGCAAGAAACUGGCACGACGUAGAAACUAUAUGCCUUUGGCUUUUUCGGAUAAAUAUGGUCUUGGAACCAGACUUCAGCGACCACGAGCUGGUGCAACCAUCAGUACCCUGGCUGGACUUUCCCUUAAAGAAGGAGAGGACCAGAAAGAGAUAAAGAUUGAGCCAGCUCAAGCUGUAGAUGAAGUGGAGCCUCUACCUGAAGACUAUUACACAAGACCAGUCAAUUUAACAGAGGUAACCACCCUUCAGCAGCGCCUCUUACAGCCUGACUUCCAGCCAGUCUGUGCUUCUCAGCUCUAUCCUCGUCACAAACACCUUCUGAUCAAACGGUCCCUGCGCUGCCGGAAAUGUGAACAUAACUUGAGCAAGCCAGAAUUUAAUCCAACAUCUAUCAAAUUUAAAAUCCAGCUGGUUGCUGUCAAUUACAUCCCAGAAGUGAGAAUUAUGUCGAUUCCCAAUCUUCGCUACAUGAAGGAGAGCCAAGUUCUCCUGACUCUUACGAAUCCAGUGGAGAACCUCACCCAUGUGACACUGCUGGAAUGCGACGAAGGGGACCCUGAUAAUGUCAACAGCACUGCUAAGGUGGUGGUGCCGCCCAAAGAGCUGGUGCUGGCCGGCAAGGACGCGGCCGCAGAGUACGACGAGCUGGCAGAGCCCCAGGACUUUCAGGAUGAUCCCGACAUUAUAGCGUUCAGGAAGGCCAACAAAGUCGGCAUUUUCAUCAAAGUGACCCCACAGCGUGAGGAGGGCGAAGUGACCGUGUGCUUUAAGAUGAAGCAUGAUUUUAAAAACCUGGCAGCGCCCAUCCGCCCCAUCGAGGAAAGUGACCAGGCCACGGAAGUCAUCUGGCUCACUCAGCACGUGGAGCUCAGCCUGGGCCCACUCCUUCCUUAA